AUGGAUUCUUCAAGAACCAGAAUUGUAUCAAGAAGAGCCGAUCCAGUCAAAUUUCCGGCGAAGAAGACAAGCAUUUCAUCUCGGAGAUCUUUAUCUUCUUCUUCCUUUUCAUCUUUCUCCUCUUGCUCCUCAAGCUCCCUCGUGUUUCCCGGCGAUUCUCCUCUAUAUUCUCCGGCCACUCCUCUCCGUAUCCUCGGUGUUCCAUUCUCCUGGGAACAGCUCCCCGGAAAACCAAAAGACUACUUUCGUAGUCUUACUAAAUCUUCAAAUAUUUUGCCCCUCCCUCCUCACCGGAGUGCCACGUUUCCGGCUACCGGAAAAAACCAUAAAUCUAGCAAUUCCACCAAGAAGAACAGCUUCCCCGUGACCGAGAAAGAUCCCUUCGCGACGGCGUUGUUGGAGUGUUCCAAAGACGACGACCAAGACGAAGCUGAAGAAGAGGAUCGGAGAGGAAACUCCAGAGGAUCAAGCAAGGUGUUGUCAAAGAGCAGCAUCGGAGACAGGUUCGGGUUAGUGAAUCUGUACGGUUCUUGUCGGCGAACUUGUGCAGUUUCAGAGUCCAUUGUCUAUCUUCCGGGACCUGCAGGAAAAGCUGCGUCGUAUGAUCAUCUGUUUCGUCCACGCCGCCGCCGUUGA